GCCAGCUAAGGCAGGGGAACGGGUGACUCGAAUCUGACGGGAGAAAUGGCUGGCCAGGCAGAUUCUUAUUUCUUCCUUAAACUCAGUUAUAAUUUACCAGUCAUCUAAUCCGACGGAGUCUGCCUGCAUCUCUCGUUUUCAUUCUCCAACUGGUACUGCAAUGGAAGCUCUCGCCGCUUCCCAUCAACACCACCUUCCUCUUCCUCUCCUUCAGUCGCCGCCACAAAUUUCCUCUUCCCUUCUUCCUUCUUCUGGCCGGAACUGGAGUUUUGCCAGCGCCACCAAGCGGCCGCGCUCGUCCUAUUCAUCGUCAUUGGGCAGUAACCCAUUUCCAAACCCCAAACUAGUUCUUCCGUCCUCCUCCUAUUCCACCGUCAGAUGCGGUGCCUCUUCUUCGUCUUCCGCAAUUACCCAGAUUACAGAGGCCGAGUUCCCGUCCGUUGUGCUCAGCUCCGACCGCCCGGUCCUCGUUGAGUUCGUUGCUAAUUGGUGCGGCCCUUGUCGCUUGAUCUCUCCCGCCAUGGAAUGGCUCGCUAAGGAAUAUGCUGACACAUUGAAGGUUGUGAAGAUCGAUCACGACGCGAAUCCAAAGCUAAUAGAAGAGUACAAAGUCUAUGGAUUGCCCGCUUUGAUGCUCUUCAAGGACGGACAGGAAGUGGCCGGGAGCCGGAGGGAAGGUGCUAUUACAAAGGCGAAGCUCAAAGAUGUCUAUGGCGGAACAGAGAGAGACAGAGACAGAGACAGAGUGACAAACUAGUGCUUGCUUGGUCUUUGUUGAGAAAGGAAAGGAACUCAGCUUUCCAGAAUCCCCCAAACAGAAUUCAGGGGUUAUUGCUCAAGCAACAAGUAGCUCCCAAACUAAAACUACUGUCGCCUACAAACUCUACUCCUGCCUUACCUCGAUGGUCCUUUUUUCUUGAGCAUUUCACUAUUUUCUGUCCUUAUUAAAAAAAGAAAAAAAACAAAGCCCU